AUGUCGCACGUGGUCGUAAUCGGCACGGACUUGCGGAGGGCGACCGUCAAAGUCAGCCCGGGCACCUACUUAACAGAUGUUUUGCAAGAGGCCUGCAAGAAGCUCAACUUGCCAAGCGAUAAGUACAUGUUGAAGCAAGUCGAUCUGUCCGUCGUCUGGAGAGUGAGCGGCCUUACUCCGGGUGCCAAACUCGAACUCGUACAGAAAUCCAACACACCUUCUGUCGUGUCCGUUGCACUCCAGCUGCCCGCUCCCGAAGCAAAUGCAGCCCCAAACGGCCGGUUAAUCGAGAAACUCCCCAGCGACUUCACAAUAUGGAAGGUCUUGCGCCAGUUUGAGAGCGGCGUUGUCAGUCAAGGGAAUAACCUCAACAUUACAGCAAGAGGGGUUGCACAAACAACAGACGGAGGCACGAGCGGGAGCGGCCAGAUGUACUAUGAGACGCCAGUCCUCAACAUCAUGGGUCGCGAACUGGCUACGUUUGACGACUUCCAGAAAACCCUUUCGCAACUUGGAUAUAACUCCGGCAGCGUCUUGAUCCGGCUGUCGUUCAGGAAGACGGGCCAGACUUUGUUCGAGGCCAUGGGCCAGAUCAGUCAGUUUUUCAACGAAGUCGAGGCGAAGACCAAGAAGACGGGCCAGACGUCGCCUACUGUGGAGGAAACGGAGAAGUCUGUAAUUGCCGAGAAGACACCUCAAGCUACAGCCCCGGAAGAUGAGAGCAAACCUUCUCCAGGGGCAGACACCUUGGAGAAACAACCAAACAGCGAUCCGCCAGAGCAAGAACCGUCGGGUCUGACUGAACCAACAGCGGAAACCAUGGACAUCGAUCAGCCAGAUACGGCAGACCCUUUGCAGCCGGUCAGUGUCUUCCGUGCUCCGAGCGGAAUGACACCUGCGGCAGCUCUGGCAGAUGUGCCAGAGGACGACUAUGCACCUACGAUUGCCCACGCACAACUACACCAGGCCCGGCUUCAGCAAAGCGCGCAGAACAAGCGGCUGUUGUCUGACAAGGAACUUGAAGCGCUCAGGCAAGCAGAGGAAGCUCGCCUCGCGGCCGUAGAUAAGGUGCCGAUGAAAGUGCGGUUUCCCGACAACACCUCUGCGCAAUGGACCUUUGGACACGAAGCGACUGGUGCCACCCUCUACCGGGCCGUCAGGUCAGUGAUGGCUGACAGCACCCAGGCCUUCAGGCUGGUCAUACCUGGCAGCAAGGUCAUCAUCAAAGACGAGGAUAGCCCGGGAAACCGCUUGAUUCACGACUACAAGCUCACGCGUAGUGUCCUUUUGAGCUUGGUCUGGAACGACAGUGUGCCGGUAGAUGUCCGCAAGAAGCCCUUCUUGAAGGGUAGCGUUGCUCAGAAGGCGACGGACAUCACAGUUCCUGAUAUUCCCAUGAGCGACGACAAGGAAGAGCAGCAAACAGUAGCCUCAUCGUCAAAACCGGAGAAGAGGGAGGGGAGUGGCGAUGGUAGCGUUGCGAAGAAGCUACCCAAGUGGCUUAAGUUGCCCGGAAAGAAGUAG